CGGGUCUUAGGAAAAAUUAAAAUAAUCCUAAUCGUCCCAAAUCUCUAAUUAAGUCUGGAGAAAGGAACUUCUGCCUUGUCUUUUCUCGCAAUCAACUUUCGAAAGAGUAGAAAAGACGAAAGUUGUUUGUUCUUACUUUUCAUCAGAGCUUUGAUCAUCAACUGAUAAUGGUGUUGUCACAGCUUCACGGAGCAUUCAAGGGUACGGUAGAGAGAAUAACUAGUCCUCGUACCGUUUCUGCUUUCAAAGAGAAAGGCGUUCUCAGCGUCAGCGAAUUCGUCUUAGCUGGCGAUAAUCUUGUCUCCAAAUGCCCUACCUGGUCUUGGGAAUCAGGUGAGCCUAAUAAGAGGAAGUCGUAUUUACCGGCUGACAAGCAAUUCUUGAUAACUAGAAAUGUUCCUUGUCUGAGAAGAGCUGCAUCAGUAGAGGAAGAAUAUGAGGCUGCUGGAGGUGAAGUUCUUCUUGAUAAUGAGGACAAUGAUGGUUGGCUGGCAACUCAUGGCAAACCAAAAGAAAACAAUGGUGCGGAGGAUGAUAACUUGCCAUCUAUGGAAGCAUUAGAAAUCAGCAAAAAGAACACUAUCCAGUCAAUCCCAUCAUACUUUGGAGGUGAGGAAGAGGAAGACAUACCCGACAUGGGAGAGUAUGAGGAAGCUGACAAUCUUAUAGAAACAGACCCUGCUACCCUUCAGACCACGUAUCUUGUGGCCAAUGAGCCUGAUGAUGACAACAUUCUAAGAACACGAACCUAUGAUGUCAGCAUCACGUAUGACAAAUAUUAUCAAACACCUCGUGUGUGGCUCACUGGAUAUGAUGAGUCAAGGAUGCUUUUGCAGCCUGAGCGCGUACUUGAAGAUGUCAGUCAAGAUCAUGCACGCAAGACGGUGACCAUUGAAGACCAUCCACAUCUGCCAGGGAAACAUGCUUCCGUACAUCCUUGCCGACAUGGGGCUGUGAUGAAGAAAAUUAUUGAUGUUCUGAUGUCGAGAGGAGUUGAACCUGAAGUUGACAAGUACCUUUUCCUAUUCUUGAAGUUUGUGGCUUCGGUUAUUCCAACAAUUGAAUAUGAUUACACCAUGGACUUUGAUCUUGGUAGCAGCAGCACCUGAUUUGCAGUCAACUUCCUUCGGUUGAUAGAUGCUGCGCAUAGCAUGAGAAGCAGCCAAAUGAUCUGAUGACGAUGCAUCUGUUGGUGUCACGAGCAUGUUACCAACAAUUGUACAUACUGUUAAUAGACGUUGUUCUGGAUAUGUGGAGCAUGCAUGAUGAAUUGUCAGCAUGCCUUGUUUAUUGUAUAUUAACAAGAGGAAUUACGGUUACUUUGAGAUUUAAGCUUGCACGAUCCACUUGAAGGUUGAAAUUGUUUAUUAAUGUCGUCUUCAAAAGUUAACUGAAUGAAAGCAACAAAAACGAUAGUGCUGCCUUCGAA